UGAAUAAUUCAAAAAACGGUUUGUUUAGAAAAAGAGUUUUGGACGCUGACAUAAUUAGCCACGCAGCGUCUGCUUACUUUGAAAGAGUUAAUUCCAAGCAAACACCUUGAUUUCCAUCCGUUAUCAUUACCUACAACUAUCUAUCUAUCUAUCUAUCUAUAUACAUUUUUAUCAAUAAUAAAUAAAAUUAAUAACACCAGAAUUAUUAUUAUUAGUUACAAAAAAGCCUUUGUAUGUGUUGAUUUUUGUCACCUGGCCUUUGGAUGUUAAAAAGAUCCAUCCCCAUUGUUAUUGUAAAAGUGACUAGUAGUAUUAUUGAGUUGAAACCGCGUUUUUUCAAGUCUUGACCGUUUCUUGAUUUUGUUUCUUAUGCACUUUAUUAUUAUUAUGUGGCUGAUGAAUCAUUUGUCUCUGAGAGUUUGGUUUAUUAUGAGAAAUUGUUCAACUUUGGAUUGUGGGUUUUCAAGAUUUUGUGUAUAUGAAUGAUUAUUGUAUAUACUUUCUUGUAUCUUGUUAAUUUUUAGGUUAAUUAGUUUCAUAUAUAGAUAUAGAUAUAGAUAUUGAUCUUGUGGGAGUGUGUAGUAUGUAUGGCAAGCGUUUCAUCACCGUCACCAAACUCCCCAUCUGUUACUGUACCUCCCUUGCCAUCAUCAUCUAGGUCACCCCCACCACCACAAGUAUCUAGCCCACCGCCAGCUGCCCCACCACCGGCCACCCCGCCACCGGCUAGUCCACCACCAGCUGCCCCCCCACCGGCUAGUCCACCACCAGCUGCCCCCCCACCGGCUAGUCCCCCACUAGCUGCCCCGCCACCGGCUAGCCCAUCUCCACCAGUAUCAUCAUCUAGCCCUCCAGCCAGCUCCCCGCCGCCACCUAUAUCGCCAUCUAGUCCACCACCAACUGCACCUCCAUUGCCACCACCACCAUCAGUAGUGCCACCAGUAAGUAGUCCACCGCCACCGUCAUUAGUACCGCCGACAAGUGCCCCUCCACCACCAUCAUUAGUACCACCAACAAGUGCACCUCCAUCACCAUCAUUAGUACCUCCAACAAAUGCCCCUCCGCAACAAAGUGCACCUCCACCCCGUAUCCCACAGCCUCCUGGACCCACCACAAAUUCAUCAUCACCAUCACCGCCACCAGUAGUAACAUCUCCUCCUCCUCGGUCACCACCCCGUUCCACGAAUUCAUCGCCACCGCCUCCUACAAUAGUAGCAUCCCCUCCUACUACUACUAGACUACCAUCAUCACCGCCACCGCCACCGCCUUCACAAGUAAUAGUAUCUCCCCCUACCAACCAAAAUAACAACGAUUCAAGUCCCAAUAUAGCGUCUAAUGAUGGAGGAGGUAUUGGUACCGGAGGUAUAAUUGGAAUUGCUGCAGUAGGGGGUGUUGUACUAGUUACUAUUUUCGUAUUGGUUGUUUGGUGUCUCUUUAAGCGGAAUAAGAAAGUUGUUGGACACAAUGGGAUGUCUGACAUCCCAACUUCAAUGGGCACUUCACCUCGAUCAGAUUCGGGACUACUAAAGGUACAAACGUCAGCAGUCAAGAUUGGAAAUGUAUCUGCUAAUGACAUUGUGUACAGUCCACCAGAACCUGGUGAAUUAGGAAAUUCAAAGUCAAAUUUUACCUAUGAAGAUCUUGCGGAGGCUACAAAUGGGUUCUCUGCUCUGAAUCUAUUAGGUUCAGGUGGAUUUGGUUCUGUUUACAAAGGAUUGUUAGCCGAUGGUACGGAAGUAGCAGUGAAGGAGCUUCAGAUUGGAGGUGGCCAAGGGGAACGUGAGUUCAGUGCUGAGGUGGAAAUUAUUGGUCGGAUACACCAUCGUCAUUUGGUUGCGCUUGUAGGUUAUUGCAUCUCUGACAACAAGAGAUUGCUUGUUUAUGAAUAUGUCCCUAACAACACACUUUACUUCCACCUUCAUGUGUCGGCGAUGGUUCUAGACUGGUCAACUCGUAUCAAAGUUGCUUCUGGUGCAGCAAGGGGUAUUGCUUAUCUCCAUGAAGACUGCCAUCCACGGAUUAUUCAUCGAGAUAUUAAAUCAUCAAAUAUUCUAUUAGAUAAAAACUUUGAAGCCCGGGUUUCUGAUUUUGGGCUUGCCAAAUUAGCUGCUGAUAUGAACACCCAUGUAACAACACGUGUUAUGGGAACUUUUGGAUACAUGGCACCUGAAUAUGCCUCAAGUGGCAAGUUGACCGAGAAAUCUGAUGUUUACUCUUUUGGGGUGGUUCUCUUGGAACUAAUAAGUGGACGUAAACCUGUUGAUACAUCUCAACCAUUAGGGGAUGAGAGUCUUGUUGAGUGGGCCCGGCCACUUCUUAGUCAUGCACUGGAAACAGAGAACUUCGAAGAGUUGGUUGACCCAAGACUUGGUAUGAACUAUGUUGAGAAUGAAAUGUUUCGCAUGAUUGAAGCUGCAGCUGCAUGCGUAAGACACUCCGCUGCAAAAAGACCACGCAUGGGACAGAUUUUACGAGCUUUUGAGGGUAUGGAGACCGAAGAUCUAAGCAAUGGGAUGAGAGUCGGAGAAAGUGAAAUAUACAACUCCGCACAACGAUCUGCGGAAAUUAGGCUGUUUAAUAGGAUGGCUUUUGGAAGUCAAAAUUACAGUACAGAUUUUUUUACUCAAGGUAGUUCUGCCCCGUAUAGCAAUGAUAGAUAAACACCGAGACCUUUUUUUUCACUGCCCACUGGUUAGAUCCAUGAGCCGAGUUUCUGUCAUUUCAUAGUCUGGAUCCUGAAACUCAGCUUAUGACCGGUAUUAGGAGAAGGUUUAAACUUGUGAUCAGAUUCGGUAACUAGUUUACAAAGCCAGACAGUGUACAGUAUGCAUAUAUAUAUUGGCUACACAGUUUUGAUUCUUGUAAUAUUGUACAGGAUUUCUUUACCCUGA